UUACCAUUUUACUUUUUACUCCAAGCUAAUCAGAGAACUAAUCUCCUCUCAAAACAAAGCAUACAAAAAAGAAUAUGAUGAAAAUGACUUCUCCUCUGUCUCUGUCCAGUCUGAUGAUAAUUUUGUUGUGCGUUAGGGCGGUGAUGGUAGUAGUAGCGUCAGAGGGUCCUAGAGUUUUCAAGGUUGGAGACGAGUUCGAGUGGAGAGUUCCACUCCAGAAUGAUACAUCGGUUUACAGCCGCUGGGCGAACACCAACCGCUUCCACAUCGGCGAUUCUCUCUCGUUUGUGUACGACAAGGACUCGGUGAUGGAAGUAGACAAAUGGGGUUUUUACCACUGCAACGGCAGCGAUCCAAUCACAGCGUUCGACAAUGGAAACAGCACGUUUUACCUUGAUCGUCCUGGUCUCUUCUACUUCAUCAGCGGCUCCAACGCCCACUGCACCAGUGGACAGCGUCUCAUCGUGGAAGUGAUGCAUAUCCACCACCACCACAACCACCACGAUGUUUCCUUGCCUCCGUCCAUGUCACCUCUCUCUGCCAGCUCUCCCUCUGAAUCUGCAUUCGACUCUCAUGAUCCUGCUUCUUCCGCUGCUGCCUCCUCCCUGCUCGCCUCCUUCUUCCCUCCCUUUGCUGCACUUCUUGUUGCUCUUUUCAGCUGCCAACCAUAGCGCUUUUGUUUCAUCUUCUUAUUAGUCUUCUUUCGUUGCUAUUAAUUUUUCCGUUUCUUUUGUCAUUCAACUUUUAAGAUAUUAUUAACCUCAUAUUUUCUUCAUCAA